GGCUGCUGUAUAAUUGGGCACAAGCACAUUGGGUUCCUCUGCCAGUAUAUAGGCGCCUGUGAGCUCUGCCGUUACCGACAAGAUGAUUGCUGCCCAGCUGCUAGCAUAUUACUUCACAGAACUUAAAGAUGAUCAGCUGAAGAAGAUUGAUAAAUAUUUGUACUCUAUGCGCCUCUCCGAUGAAACCUUACUGGAUAUUAUGGGGAGGUUCCGAGCAGAAAUGGCAAAUGGUCUUUCAAGGGACACAAAUCCCACAGCAAUUAUCAAGAUGCUGCCAACAUUUGUAAGAUCAAUUCCUGAUGGAACAGAAAAGGGAGAUUUCAUUGCUCUGGAUUUGGGUGGAUCUCAUUUCCGCAUUUUGAGAGUGAAAGUUUCGCAUGAGAAGAAGCAGACGGUUCAGAUGGAGAGUGAGAUCUAUGACACACCAGAGGAUAUUAUCCAUGGCAGUGGUACCCGACUUUUUGACCAUGUUGCUGAAUGCCUUGGAGACUUCAUGCAGAAGAAGCAGAUCAAAGACAAAAAGCUGCCUGUUGGAUUUACCUUCUCCUUCCCUUGUAUACAAACCAAAAUAGAUGAGGGUGUACUAGUUACCUGGACCAAGAGAUUCAAAGCCAGUGGGGUUGAGGGAAUGGAUGUUGUGAAACUGCUAAAUAAGGCGAUCAAGAAACGCGGGGACUAUGAGGCAGAUAUAAUGGCUGUCGUGAAUGACACAGUUGGGACAAUGAUGACUUGUGGGUUUGAUGACCAGAGAUGUGAAGUCGGUAUAAUUAUAGGUACUGGGACCAAUGCUUGCUACAUGGAAGAGCUGAGGCACAUUGAUAUGGUGGAAGGGGAUGAGGGUCGAAUGUGCAUUAACACUGAGUGGGGAGCAUUUGGUGACGAUGGGUGUCUGGAGGACAUCAGGUCGGAGUUCGACAGAGAGAUAGACAGAGGUUCACUCAAUCCAGGAAAACAGCUGUUUGAAAAGAUGGUCAGCGGCAUGUACAUGGGGGAACUUGUCAGACUUAUCCUGGUAAAAAUGGCCAAAGAAGGACUCCUAUUUGAAGGGAGAAUUACUCCUGAACUUCUGACCAGAGGAAAAUUUGAAACAAAGCAUGUUUCUGCAAUCGAGAAGAGCAAAGAAGGUUUAAGCAAAGCCAAAGACAUACUGACCAGACUUGGGGUGGAGCCAUCUCACGAAGACUGCAUUGCUGUGCAGCAUGUAUGUACAAUCGUGUCCUUCCGCUCUGCUAAUCUAGUUGCUGCUACGCUUGGUGGAAUCCUCAUACGACUGAGGGACAAUAAAGGGGUUCCCAGGCUGCGUACUACUGUGGGCAUCGAUGGAUCCUUAUACAAGAUGCAUCCACAAUAUGCCAGGCGCUUACACAAAACAGUAAGGCGACUGGUUCCUGAGUCGGAUGUGAGAUUCCUCUUAUCAGAGAGUGGAAGUGGCAAAGGAGCUGCCAUGGUGACUGCGGUGGCAUACAGGCUGUCAGAGCAGAGAAGGCAGAUCGAUGAGACCUUAGAAGAGUUCAAGCUCAGCCGUGAACAGUUGCUUGAGGUUAAGAGGAGGAUGCGGAUUGAAAUAGAGAAUGGACUCAGGAAAAAGACCCAUGAAUCAGCAAAGGUUAAAAUGUUGCCAACGUAUGUAAGGAGUACACCCGAUGGUACAGAAAAUGGAGACUUUCUGGCUCUGGACCUUGGUGGCACAAACUUUAGAGUUUUACUUGUGAAAAUUCGAAGUGGAAAAAGAAGAACCGUGGAAAUGCACAAUAAAAUUUACGCCAUCCCUAUAGAUGUCAUGCAGGGGACAGGGGAAGAGCUCUUUGAUCACAUUGCUCAUUGUAUUUCUGAUUUCCUGGAUUACAUGGGAAUAAAGGGAGCAAGACUUCCGCUGGGCUUCACUUUCUCGUUCCCCUGCAUGCAGACCAGCUUGGAUGCUGGCAUCUUAGUCACAUGGACCAAAGGUUUCAAGGCCACUGAUUGUGAAGGAGAAGAUGUGGUUAAUUUAUUAAGAGAAGGAAUUAAGAGAAGAGAGGAGUUUGACCUGGAUGUGGUUGCGAUUGUGAAUGAUACAGUAGGAACCAUGAUGACCUGUGCAUAUGAAGAUCCAAACUGUGAAAUUGGUCUCAUUGUGGGGACUGGAAGCAAUGCAUGCUACAUGGAAGAAACAAAGAAUAUAGAAAUGGUGGACGGAGACCAGGGAAGAAUGUGUGUGAACAUGGAAUGGGGAGCGUUUGGGGACAAUGGUUGCCUUGAUGAUAUCCGCACAGUCUAUGAUAAGGCUGUUGAUGAUUUGUCAUUAAAUUCAGGAAAACAGAGGUACGAGAAGAUGAUCAGUGGCAUGUAUUUAGGAGAAAUUGUGCGCAACAUAUUAAUUGACUUCACAAAAAGAGGAUUUCUGUUCAGAGGGCAGAUUAGUGAGGCACUGAAAACCACAAGUAUCUUUGAAACCAAAUUCCUUUCCCAAAUUGAGAGUGAUAGAUUAGCGCUUCUCCAAGUCCGAUCUAUCCUUCAGCAACUAGGUCUAAACAGCACCUGCGAUGACAGUAUCAUUGUAAAGGAGGUGUGUGGUGCUGUAUCAAGAAGGGCAGCGCAGGUGUGCGGGGCAGGCAUGGCAGCGGUCGUGGAUAAAAUCCGAGAGAACAGGGGCUUAGACCAUCUGGACGUCACAGUUGGAGUUGAUGGAACAUUAUAUAAAUUACAUCCACACUUCUCCAAAAUCAUGCACCAAACAGUUAAAGACCUUGCCCCGAAGUGCAACGUUUCUUUCCUCCUCUCGGAGGAUGGGAGCGGUAAAGGAGCGGCUCUGAUCACUGCUGUGGCCUGCAGACUCCGCAGUAGUGAACAAAAUUAGAUCCUGAACAUCUCCCUUGUAUCGUCCUGCCUUUUUCAGCACUUUCAUUUCAAGCUGUAACCGUAACAAGGCUGCUCAGUUCUAGCCAUGAUGUCCAUAGGAAGAUAAUAAGGGGAAUUAAGCGGUCACAGUAGAAAGUAUGUGCUAGAAGACUGCACUCUGUGUAUCGGUCCCCCAUAUAAGGGGGUUGUUUGCCAUUAACUUAACUAUUAGUAUGUUAUAAAAUGUCCUGUUUUCAGCAAUAUUCCAACUGGUCUUCAUUUUUUACAUGCAUUUUAGUUUUUGAAUUAUUGGUCCUUGUUUUCUGACUCUUCCAGGCUUCUCAUGGGGGUCACAGACAUGAGUAAUGCUACUUUCUAUUAUUUAUCUUUCUAUCUAUCUAUCCAUCUUUCAAACCACUGCCUGGUUGCUAGGGUACUUUGGACCCUAGCAACCAGACAGCUGCUGAAAUUCCAAACUGGAGAGCUGCUGAACAAAAAAUUCAAACAUCAUAACAAAAAAAAUGAGGACCAAUUGCAAAUUGUCUCAUAGUAUCCCUGUCUCCAUCAUGACAAAAGUUAUUUUAAAGGUGAACAACCCCUAUAACAUGCAGCCAACCUGUUGGUCAGUGAUAAUGAUUUAUAAUUUAUUCUUUUAUAUGUUAUUUAUCAGUUUGUAAGCGCCCAACAAUGUAAUAUUCUGUUUCUUGCUCUUCAUGAGUUCAGUCCAUUUUUUUAAGUGCAACUGUUGUCACUGGAAUUUCCUUAGCCGUAAACUUAGAAGACACGAUAUUCUGUGAUAUGCAGUGAUUUUAGGCCAAAUCUCAUUUUACCUUUUAAACAAAUCAUUAUUUGAUAAAUUAUGUAGCCCCUCUGCAUGUUGCUGAACUGCAAAUCCCUGCAGCAGUUGAUGGGAAUAGUAGUUGAGUAAGUAGCAGAGGGGUGCAGGGUGGGAUUAGAAUGUAUAACGGCUUGCAUUCCUGAGCUCACAGAACAUCUUCCCAAAUCAUGUACCACUGGGGACACGUCUGUUACAUGUGCUACUAUAGCAAUUCCCAAAGCUUGUAUGAAUAGUGUUGUGUCAGUUGUAUGUACCAAAGCCCAUGCGUAUGGUUUUGUUUCAGCUUGUUUAUUUCCGGGGAGGCAUCGUCAUUGAACUGCACAAAGCAGGUCCCAGGAACUGAAAGGGUUGGACACUUUUAUAUGAAUAUUAUUUGAUUUUGCACUGUGAUUGAAUGUGUUGAGAUGGUGUGAAUUUCAUUUUUAAAUGUCUGUAUUAGAAAACCAAGCCUGAUAAAUCCAGUGUAAAACAGAAAGAGAUAUAUUUGCCACUCUAGGUCACUAAUGUUAUUUAUCGACUUAAUAAACUUUUUCCAAUGUG